GGUACUACCUCUCUUGCACCAAAGAGAGCUGUCCAAUUUUUGCAGACCCGCGUAGAAAAAGCACUGUAAUUCAAUGCAUUCGAGAAAGAAUUGGGACAAAGCAUCCUCAAGCUCAGCCAGUGAUCAAUUUAUUAACACCGUCAAAGGAUCAAAUGGUUCAGAAACAGGAAACUCGAUUUAUGAAGGAAACGAGAAAUACUACAGUGGAGACAACAUCGUGCGAUGCUAUUGCCAAGAACAAUGCCGAAUUGUGACUGCUUGGACAGAGGCAAAUCCAUCAAGAAGGUUUCAUGGUUGCAGAAAUUAUGGGAAACGUGGUGCUUGCAGAUUUUUUUUGUGGUAUGAUCCACCCAUACCCCAAAAGAUGAAAAAUAUAAUGGGUGCACUUUUAAGGGACCUGAGAAGUGUUGAGAGAGAAAACGCAGCAUUAUUGAUUGAAAUGAACAAGUUGAAGGCAAAAGUGAAAAUAUUGUUUAUAAUUUGUAUCUGUUUUGGCGUUUUACUUGUUUUUGUACUUGGAGGCAAGGAAAGGAAGAAACAAGGUUUGCUGGAAUUGAAGAUGUUGCAGUAG